AGCGAGGUCUUUAGUGGAGCCGAAGACAGUAGCUAGCUGUUGCUCGUGGUUGUAUGGGCUAGUAGCCAUGGCCCGGUUCACAACUGUACUGCUUUUACCGGUUCUCAUUGAAUCGGUAUUUUCAAUAUCUUUCUUUCUACCGGUAAAUUCAAGGAAAUGUCUACGGGAAGAGAUUCACAAAGACGUGCUGGUGACGGGGGAGUAUGAAAUCAGCGAAGACUCCAACACCAAAACCAACCUGAAGAUUACAGACUCGUCAGGACACACCCUUUACUCAAAGGAAGAUGCAACCAAAGGGAAGUUUGCCUUUACAACAGAGGAUUAUGAUAUGUUUGAGGUGUGCUUCGAGAGCAAAUCACCCAUGGGAACUGGGAAGGUCGGUGACCAUCUAGUCAAUCUGGACAUGAAACAUGGAGUGGAAGCCAAGAACUACGAGGAGAUUGCCAAGGUGGAAAAACUUAAGCCUUUGGAGGUGGAGCUACGGCGGCUAGAGGACCUAUCAGAAUCCAUCGUCAAUGACUUUGCCUACAUGAAGAAGAGGGAGGAGGAGAUGAGAGACACCAAUGAGUCUACCAACACACGCGUCCUGUACUUCAGCAUCUUCUCCAUGUGCUGUCUGAUUGGUCUGGCCACCUGGCAAGUCUUCUACCUGCGACGCUUCUUCAAAGCAAAGAAGCUCAUCGAGUAGAGAGCUUCCACCCAGAGAAGAGCGCUCCCUAACCAACCUCCAUCCUCCUUGGGGCUACUCCAGAUGAAUUGUUACCCUGUUCCACAUACAGGGCACUGCUUUGAUCCGAGUCUACAUAAGCUCCAAACCCUACAGGCUCUGGUCUAAAGUAGUGCCCUUAUAGAGACUAGGGGGCCAUUUUGGAUUAGGAGUUUAGCGGAGCAUCUAGUAGUUUCAAGGGGUGUGGUGGCAUUAAAGAUCACAAUGGGUAGCCUAUUUGCCAGCGAUAUAUAAAUGUGGGGCUUGUUCAGCCAAGUGAAACCUACUUUCUUUUAAUUUACAGCUAGAAAUGUAUAGCAAACAUUUCUAUUCCAAACGUGCUGAAUUGAAGUCUGUCGUGUGGAUGAUCUUCUGUAAUGUGUACAGUUUGUUUUGGAGCUUAGAUUUAUUUUGUUGGGAUGAGGGAUUCACCCACGACAGAAAAUCUAUUGCCCACAUAUUCAUAUUUGCCAUACCAAGCAAACUAAAGGAUCUAGUCUGGUGUGUCCUCAAUGGCUCCCAGUGUAGUGCAUUACUACUGAGAUCAGGGCUUAUUGGCACUCUAUUCCUCAGUGUAAUUUAGAUUA